GCGACCAGUCUCUCAGGCUCUCCGUCCCUCGGGAGCGAACGACGAUCGUAUUCAAUGCACACGUGAACUGGUAAAGCUGCGCCAGAUCCCGAUCUGCGGAUGACGCAGCGCCGCAGCACUGUUCCGGGCCGACUGGAGGGAUUGUACCAGUUGUGUACCAGCCAUCACUCAGUUACAGUACAGUAGUUUGGCUUUGCGCACGCUGCUGGAACAUAGGCCAAGCCGCAUAGGUACACUUGCGUGGCGCACCGUUUGCGCAACAAGGCCUUCGACAUGGGACAUCUCAUAACAGUCGCAACUUGUACGCUGAAUCAGUGGUCCCUGGACUUCGGAGGAAACUUGGAGCGCAUUCUCGCCAGCAUCCGGAUAGCUAAAGAGCGAGGCGCAACUUUGCGCGUUGGUCCGGAGCUCGAGAUCACAGGCUACGGAUGUCAAGAUCAUUUCCUCGAAGGCGAUACGGGCCUACACUCAUGGGAAGUAUUGGCCAAGAUCCUCGAGUCUGAAGAUGCCAAGGGUAUCUUGUGCGACAUUGGGAUGCCUGUCACCCACAAGAAUGUCAUCUACAACUGCAGGGUCAUAAUAUACGAUGGCAAGAUUGCUCUGAUCCGUCCCAAGAUGUGGUUGGCGAACGACGGCAACUACCGCGAGCUGCGAUGGUUCACGCCUUGGAUGAAGCACAGGUCUACUGAGGAACAUUACCUGCCGAGGAUCAUACAGAAAGUUACCGGCCAGAUCAAGGUUCCUUUCGGUGACGCCGUCGUCAGCACGAAGGAUACGUGCAUCGGCGUUGAGCUCUGCGAGGAACUCUUUACGCCCGCGAGUCCUCAUAUCCUCAUGGGCCUCGACGGCGUGGAGAUCUUCACGAACUCCAGUGGCAGUCAUCACGAACUCCGCAAGCUGUACAGGCGCGUAGAUCUCAUUAGAGAAGCCACGUCGAAGGUCGGAGGGAUCUACCUCUACGCCAACCAGCAGGGCUGCGACGGCGACCGGCUCUACUACGACGGCUGCGCGAUCAUCGCCGUCAACGGGCACGUCAUCGCGCAGGGCUCGCAGUUCUCGCUGCAGGACGUCGAGGUCGUGACCGCGACGAUCGACAUCGAGGACGUGCGCGCGCACCGCGCGGCGAGCAGCCGGAGCAUGCAGGCCGCGGGCGCGGAGCGCUACCAGCGCAUCGAGGUCGACUGGGCGCUGUCCGGCGGGAAGUUCGGCGUUCGCGAGGACGGCGAGCCGGGCGACCUGGCUAUGACCGACCGGAGGUUCGAGGUGAGGUUCCAUAAGCCGGAGGAGGAGAUUGCGCUGGGCCCUGCGUGCUGGCUGUGGGAUUACUUGAGGCGCUCUCGGACGCAGGGAUACUUCGUCCCUCUGAGCGGUGGUAUCGACAGUUGCGCAACCUCGGUGAUCGUCUACUCAAUGUGCCGCCUCGUGGCGGAUGCCGCUAAGAACGACGAUGAGCAAGUCAUAGCGGAUGCACGUCGCAUCGUAGGAGAGCCCGAGGACUCUGCAUACGUCCCUACCGAUGCACGCGAAUUCUGCAAUCGUAUCUUCCACACGUGCUACAUGGGCACGGAGAACUCGAGCACCGAGACGCGAGGGAGGGCGAAGGAGCUUGCGGAAGCUAUUGGCAGCUACCAUACUGAUUUGAACAUGGACACGCUCGUCACGGCUGUGCGCAACCUGUUCUCGUUCGUCACGGGAGUCAAGCCGCAGUUCCGCGCGCAUGGCGGGUCGCCCGCGGAGAACCUUGCGCUGCAGAACAUCCAGGCGCGCUUGCGGAUGGUGAUCGCGUACUUGUUCGCUCAGCUCUUGCCUUGGGUGCGGGGGCGGAGCGGGGGACUUCUCGUUCUCGGCAGCGCCAACGUCGACGAAAGCUUGAGAGGCUACCUCACCAAGUAUGACUGCUCCUCAGCGGACAUCAACCCGAUCGGUGCGAUCAGUAAGACCGACUUGAAGCGGUUCAUUGCAUGGGCGAAGGAUGCGUUCGAUCUGCCGAUACUGGAACAGUUCCUGACUGCAGUCCCUACCGCAGAACUCGAGCCUAUCACGGAGACCUACGUGCAGGCUGACGAGGCUGACAUGGGCAUGACCUACGACGAGCUGUCGGUCUUUGGCCGCCUGCGUAAGGUCGAGAAGUGCGGGCCGUACAGCAUGUUCACGAAGCUCGUCCACGAGUGGGGCUCAAUCCUGUCCCCGACGCAAAUCGCGGAUAAAGUGAAGCUGUUCUUCUUUGAAUAUGCGAGGAACCGUCACAAGAUGACGACCCUGACACCGUCUUACCAUGCUGAGCAAUACAGCCCAGAUGACAACAGGUUCGACCUGCGGCCGUUCUUGUACCCCUCCCGCUUCCCUUGGCAGUUCAAGAAGAUCGACGAGGUCGCUGCCACCCUGCGGGACAAGUCUCAGUUGAAGGCGAAGACGGAUUGAGAGAUGUAUUGGAGCACCGAGUCGAGAAGCAAUAAUGAUAGAAGAAUGUACGAGGCACAAGAGAUGUAGAGGUAUCUAUGUAGAGAAAUGCUGCUAUUGUACAAUCCUUCCGUGACGUGAUUCAGCUCCUGUUGAGCAGACGAGAGAGCGCUCCCUGGACCGUGACUUUCUUCAUGAUCGUCGGCUCCGCCGCUACGACAAGGACUCAGUUGAAUGUCAAGCUUCCGUGCGAGAAGGUACU